AUGUCCGAUAGUGAAUCUUAAACAUAUUCUGAAUAGUCCGAUUAAGAGGAUUAACUUUGUUACUGGAUUACAAAUUGUUUUAGAUAUCAAUAUCAUGUAGACAAAAUUUAUAAUAGACUAAAGAAUGAACCCAGAUUAGAAGAUAAAUUGGAAUAUCUAAGCCCAAUCCAUCAAUUAUUUGAUUCUUAUUAUUAUUUGAUAAAGCAACUAAAUUAAUGCAAGCUAUAAUUUGAUGAUAUCGAUUUAUACUUAACAUAUAUACUAAGAUCAUAGAGUUUUUAAAAUGAAAUAUCAGGAAGAUGCCUUCAAAUUAUCACUUAAACCGACUCAAUUGAUAAUUUAAAGGAUAAAAUACAAUUGGUAAUUCAAAUAUUUGAUUUGUUUAAAGAUGUUGAUAAAGAGGUCUUAAUUUAAUCAAAUGUUUCUAUAAUAUUCACAAUGCAAAAGAUUAUUGAAAUUCACUACCCUCAUUUUGAUCUAACGCAGCUCUUUCAAAAAUUCGAUGACUUUCUUUAAUUUUUAUAAAAAAGUGCUACAAUGUUUUCCUAUUAAAAUACUCCUACCUAUCCACAACCCCUAGAAUUUAUUUAAUUUUCAGGAUAAAGUAACUAAAUAUUUGGGAAAUUUUAUGAAUUAAGCAAUAAAGAGAACUCUCUAAAAACAUACCUCAAUUAUCACUUCAAUAUUUUAAGAGAAGACUAUAUUUAUGAUAUGAGGUAAUAAAUAAGUUACUUAUCUGAAAAAGGAUUUGAUGAAUAUACUGAUAAUACAGGUUUAUAUUAAAAUAUUCGUUUAAAAUCGUUUGAAAUAAACAAUUAUUAUUUGUUAUGGAAAAUAUCUAUAUAAAAAUUUAAUUUAGAUCGCAGAAGAUUGAAAACAAUUGAUUGGGGAAGAUCAAAAAAGUUAAGUCGAGGAUCUCUAAUUUGUAUUACUAAUGUUGAAUGUCAUCCUUUACUUUUUGGUGUCAUCACUUAAAGAAGUACAAAUUAAGAUGAAUAUUAAAAUUUUGAUAGAAUUAAUUUAGAAUUUCGAUUUUUGAAUCCCAAAUCUCAGAUUUUGGAAUUUUUGACCUUAUUAAAUCAAAAAACAAUUUUAUUUGAAUAUCAGACUCAAAUUGAAACUUAGAUUUAUUUUUUGGAGGCAUUAAAGAAAAUUGAAAAAUUGCCUUUUGAAAAUUUAAUUCUCAAAAAUUAGAAAUAAGUGUCUAUUCCUAAAUAUCUUCAAAAUAAUUGCUGUUUGGAUAUAGAUUUAGCAGGAGACUAUGUAUAUUCUGGAAUAAAAGUGGAUCCAUCAUAGUCAAUGUGGCAUAAUAUGAAAUCAACCUUGGAUGAAUCAUAAUUAAAUGCUAUAAAGUUGAUUCUUACUAAAGAAGUAUCUUUAAUUUAAGGACCUCCAGGGACUGGAAAAACUUACUGUGGUUUAUUAGCCACCAAAAUCUUAUAUGAAAAUUUUUUCAAAAUUAAUAGUCCUAUUUUGAUUGUUACUUAAACAAAUCAUGCUCUAGAAUAUUUUUUGGAAGGUCUAGUCAAACUUGUUUCAAUCAGAAAUGUAGCUAAACUUGGAGGGGUUCCUAAAUCUGAUGCCAUUAAAGACUGCCAUUUUUAAUGUAAAUCAGAUAUUCAAUUUAGUUGGAAUGAUUUCAAAGAUCUGAAGAAAUAGUUAAUAACAAUCUUUUAAAGAUUAAGUUCAUAUGAUUACUUUAUAAGUGCUAAAGAUAUUAAUAGAUACUGGCCUGAACUAAGUCAAAAAUUAAUUAGUGAAUUUUAGUCUGAUAAUGUUUUAAAUAGUUAAUAAAUUGAUUUGCAAGCAGAAAAUUUAAUCCUAGAUAGCUGGCUUGAUGGAAAAUGUCCAAAAGUCUCAAUGCUUAAAUAUCGUAGUGAUCUAUAUGGAAUGAUAAAUUAUUUUAAAGAUUCUAAGAUCACCAAUUUAGAAUAGACAAAUAAUAUUCUUGAAAGGAAUCAAAAGGAAUACUAUUACGAGAAUGAAUCAGAUUAAGAUAUAGAUGAAUUUUUAGACUCCUCAGAUGAAUAUGAAUUGGAUUAUCAAUUUGAAUAAAAACAUAAUGAAAUUUAAGUUAACUAAAAUAAAUUUAACUAAUUUUAUGAUUUUUAAGGAAUUGAAAAGAUUUAAGAACUCAUAUAAGAUGACAGUAUUAAUCCUUGGGAACUCAACUAUUAUGAUAUAAAGAAAAUAAUUAAAUAUUUGGAGUAUCUUAAAUCUAACGAGGAUUGUAUAUUGUUUGAAAAAACAUAUUAGCAAUUUUAAGAGAUGUCAUAAGAUUUAAAAAAUCUUUAUGACAAAGAAGAAAUUAAAAAAUUAAGCAAAUACAAGAUUAUUGGAGUUACUGUUGCUUCUGCAGCAAGACAUAUAUAAAAAUUAUAGGAAUUAAAUAUAAAGGUGCUGGUUAUGGAAGAAGCUGCAGAAGUGUUGGAAUCCCACACCGCAUGCAUUUUGAUGAAGAAUUUAUAGCAUCUAAUUUUAAUAGGAGACCAUUUAUAAUUGAGUCCUUUAUUAAAAUGUUAUGAUUUAAAAAAAAAAUAAAACAUAAGCGUCUCAUUAUUCGAAAGAUUUUAUAAUAAUUAGAUUCCAACAGUAAAAUUAACUACUCAACGGAGAAUGAAAACUAAGUUUGCUGAUUUUAUAAGGCUUAUUUAUGGGGAACAAUACUUGGAUGAUAGUUAUGUUUAAUUAAAUAGAAACAAUUUAAAGAUUGUAGGUUUAAAUGAGGACUUAGUAUUCUUUAAUCAUUCUUGGUUAGAAGGUGAAGGGAAGAAAUCAAAAAUAAAUAUUACAGAGGCAGAAAUGAUAACUGGAAUGGUCUAAUAUCUUACGGAGGUUGCAUACCAAUAAUAAUAAAUAACUGUUCUAUCAUUUUAUUUAAGGCAAGCUUAGCUUAUAUAGAAGAAUUUAAUAAGAAAUAAAUUAAGUAAAGUGAAGGUUUAGACAGUUGACAAUUAUUAAGGCGAAGAAAAUGAUAUUGUAAUAAUUUCAUUAGUCAGGAAUAAUUCUUAAAAAAAGCUUGGCUUUAUUUUGAAUAACAAUAGAAUUAAUGUUGCUUUAUCAAGAGCGAGAAUAGGUCUUUAUAUAUUUGGUAACUUUGAUUUUAUUAAAAAAGCCGCAAAAAGCGAUUCUUUAUGGUAAAAAAUCAUUGAUAUGGCAUAAGCUAAAAAUUGUUUAAGUAAAUUUAUAACUUUAAAAUGUUUGAAACAUGGUACUUUAAGAAAAGUUUAUUAACCAAAUGAUUGGUUAAAAUAUUAAGCAGGUUGCUGUGAUAAGAUUUGUGAUUAUAAUUUUGAAGGUUGCUAUCACAGAUGCAAAAAAGAAUGCCAUUUAAGUAAUCAUUAAUUAGAAAAAUGUCCAGAAUAGUGUGGAAGAUCACUAGAAUGUGGCCAUAUCUGUGAAUAAUAGUGCAUUUAACCAUGUAGCUGCACUAAAAAGAUUCUUGUAAAAUUACCUAAUUGUAGCCAUGAGGCUCUUAUAUGUUGUAGUCAAGAUCCUUUAUAAAUACUAUGUUAAUAGGAUCUUCAAUUAACCUAAUAAAAUUGUUCGCAUAUAUAUAAUUAUAAAUGCUCUGAAAAGGAAAGUGUUGACCCUUAAUGUUAAUAUGAAUGUAAAAGAGUGCUAUAAUGUGGCCAUAUUUGUAAGAAGAAAUGCUGGCAAGAGUGUUAACCUUGUGAAGAUUACUGCGAAACAGUUAAAUAUUGUGGGCAUAAAUGUUAUAGCUUGUGUCAAUAACCAUUUUCAAGUUGUGAUUAAGAAAUUUGUAUAAAACUUGAUUGUGGGAGACAUAUUAUUAAAAAAUCAUGUUUUUAAAUGUAAAAUCUCUUAAUGAUAAAUCUAAACCUCUCUCCUUAAUUUUUUAGAUCUUAAAUUGGAUAAAAAUACUUAAAAGAUUUAUUUUAAAGAUUGGCUAUAGGUCAGAGAGAUGCUCUUUAAAUAUUUAACAAUAAAGCAGAGUUUGAAUGUAGAGCCCCUUGUUAAAAACCAAGAGAAUGUGGGCACAUUUUUUAAUGCAAAAAUUUAUGCACUGAAGUUUGCACUCCAUGUGGAUUAUAGAUUCCUGUAACUUUAGAAUGUGGUCAUUAAUACUAAAUUUUUUGCAAAAAUAAGGAUGCUUUCUUAAAUAAUUUCUAAUGUAAAAAAUAGUGCACAAGACAGUACGCAUGUGGACAUCAAUAAAAAUGUAAAUAGUUAUGUUUUGAAUAAUGUACUCCAUGUCAAGAAUUAGUUUUAAAACAUUCAAAUUGUGGGCAUUCAAUAAGAACAUAAUGCUUUAACAAUUACAUAUGCAAAAAAAAGUGUACUAGAAGAAGAAAUUGUGGGCAUUAAGAUCCUUGCCUUAAUAAGUGUGGUUAUGAGUGUUCUCCUUGCUAAGAAAUAGUUAAUUGGCUGUUAGUAUGCGGACAUUUUAAGGAAAUGAAAUGCUUUUCUACAAAUUUUGAAUGUACAAUGCCUUGUCAGAGAUAAAGGACUUGCAUGCAUAAUUUUCCUUGCUAUAAUUAAUGUUCCGAGUAAUGUACUGCCUGUUAACAAGUUAUCCUUUGGACCUUAUCUUGUGGCCAUUAGAUUUAUGUUUAAUGUUGGGUUUUUUAAGCCUAUUAAUAAUAAGGACUAUAUGGUGAUACCUUUUAAUGUAAAAUUUGUUAGUAGAACUUUUGA